CGCGUAUCCAAUGCAACAGCGGUAUCGACUUUUCCCCUCCGUUAAUUUGGGCAGCAUCAGCACAAGAGUCUGAUCCAUCAGCGAGUUCCAAUUGGUCGUUAUUCUUGCGUCUGCUGUGUCGCCAACGUACUCCCAUAAACAGUUAGUUCGGGUGUGGAUCUGGAACUUGUCAGUGUUGUUUUUUCAACCCAGAGUUUACAGGGCGACAACAGAACUUACAUGAAGAUACAACAAAGAUUCUUUUUCUCAUGAACUGGGCGUUCCUUUUGAUGUCGCUACUACAAUAACAGCUGGAAAAAACAAAGAUGGAGAUUUCGUCUGAUGAUAACGGCUAUGAAAGCCUGGAUGAUACUCAACUAGAGAAUGAUAAUGGUGAAAGAGUCAAUGAUUCAGUUCAUCCAGAUUCAGCUCCCAGAUAUCCAGUUCCUUCUCGCGCCAUUGGUGCUGUCGAGAUUCCUGCUGUGGUUGAAAACAUUGACCGUACUAUUAAGGCGUUCGGUCGAGUACCAAACCUCCAACAUGUCAUGGACGCAGGGAGAAACUCGAUCCCCUUCUAUCUAACACCAGAGAUGCCGUUCUGCAAACCCAUCAUGUCACACAAUGCCCGCAGUCAUAAUGUUGUGCUGAAAAUCACUGUUCCAAAACGAACAGGACGUAAGCGCAAGCGUGGUACUGAUGGACCAUGGGAAGGAGAUCUUGAAAUCAACGACGCUGAGGAUCGACCACAAGAAAAUGACAGAGUCUCAUCUUAUGCCAGACUAGAUGAUCCCAAAGUGUUGCGCCGGACAAUGGCGGACAAUGUCGACAAAUAUCAAGUUGAAGCAGUUGGUGUUAUUCGAAACACGCAUCGAUUCCGUGGACUUGCGGACUUUUACUGGGAUAUGUCUAAAUCAUUAUUUGCGCAACAAUACGUGGAGAAGGUUCUCCCUGGAGAUGUCGACAAGAUUAAGGAGUUCAAGUUCCAACCCGGCACUGACAAAGGACCAAAUGUCGAUAUUCUACCACCACCAAUGUUUACGCACAUGAGCCUCCCUUUCAACUACCAAUACUCGCAGAAUCCUUACGUACGUGCCACUGAAGACGGAGGCACAGUCAACACAACAGCCGUGAAGCAAGUCGGUUACUUCAUUGGCGCAGAAGACCCUGCACCAGCUGGACCUCAACUUGAACCUGAUAUGACCGAUCCUAGAAUGGUGGAAAUCAUGGCUGAGCUCGAAGCGGCCUUUGAAGAGCGGCCAGUGUGGACACGGCGGUCUCUACUCAAUCACCUUGGAGGCAAACUCAAGAACUGGAACGAACUCAAAAAGUAUCUCAACUACGCAGCUUAUCAGUUCAAAGGAGGGCCAUGGAGAGAUGGUGUGGUCCCCUAUGGUAUCGAUCCGCGAACCGAUCCCAAGUAUCGAACCUAUCAAACUCUCAUGUUUAAGCUUCCUAAGCAGAAGCGUGCUCAACGAGGCCAAACGUGGAAAUCGCUACGCAAGGUCCAAAUGGGCCCAUUGAAGGAAUUUCUGGAGGAGCUUUCGGAAAGCCACGUUUUUGACGGCGACACCUUUCACACUGAUGGUAAAGUGUGGCAAGUAUGCGAUAUUACCGACCCACUACUCAAAGAGCUUCUUGAGAAUGCUGCGAUCCGUCCCGAAUGGGACCCAAGCAGCGGAUGGUAUCACGGAGGUCUUUGGGCAAAAGUAAAAGCUAUCAUGAAGACAAAACUUGUGGCCAUCCAAUUCGAUCGACACCUUACGCGAGAAGAUUUCGCAAUGACGCUACAAGCAGGAGAUGAAACUCCUAUACGAUCCAAUCAAGCAACAUUCCACCUCCCUCUUCCUAAUCUACGUCUCACAGACGAAGAACUUACGCAACUUCGCGGGCGACAACCGACGAAGAAGAACAAGCAUAAAGGUUAUAGUGUGCGUGUUCGAGAUCCUAACGCAGGACCGAAGCGUGCGCCAGCUGAGGAAACCCGAGCGGUCGAGCGAGGGGAAGAAGAGGCUAGGAUAUUGGAAGAGAUGGGAUCCGGAAACGAGGAUUCGGAUGACGAUGAUUCAGGGGAUGAUGAGGAUGGUGACAUGACAGCUGAAAUGGCAACCGUCAAACACCAAUCCAAUGGCACGACAGCCGUCAUGGUCUCCGAAUAUAAAACGGGGUCUGGCACCCUCACGAGCAAUAAGUUCUGGUGUGAUCCUUGCAAGAGAAUCUUCAGAACGUGGCAGCAGCUUCAUGACCACAAAGGAAAGAUGAGCGCUAAAGGAAAAGACAAGCAUAUUCACUGUCAGUUCUGCAGCCGCGACUUUCAUACCGAAGUCGCCAAAGUCACCCACAUCCAGCAGGAUCAUCCUCAGGAACAAAACCUUUACUGUACGGGAUGUAAAAAGGGCCCUUUCGUUCGAGUUGGCGGACUCGUAUCUCACGUCGAGAAGGAAUGCCUUAUCCUCAAUACCGCUACAAUUGAGACUAUGCGUGAGGAGAAGAUGGAAUUCUCCCAGGCCCUUACUGCUAUGACCCAACAGCCUCUGAAGAACAACUACGGGAGCUACAUGCCCGAGAAUGCGGACAAGGGUCUUCCUACUGCUACCUGGGAAUCAACUGGAAGCGUUCCUGCUCCGUUUACUAUUGAGCAGAGCCAGUUCCCCAGCCUUGGCGAAUCUAGCUCUACCGCACUCCAGCGUACCCGGGAUAACAAGGAAAACAACUGGAACAAGGGCAAGAAUUUGUUCCCAGAUGCUCCUGCAGCUCAGCGCCCUACUCAAGAGCAGCUGCAGCAAGCCACUGCUCCCAGCGCCAGAACUACCUUCAACCUCAUGAACGAUCUCGACCCCAACCAUCCCAACUUCAACGUGGCCCGGUAUUACUCUGAGUAUACCCAGAAGUUCGGCUGCCGCAUGGGGAGAUGCGGCAAGACCUUCAAGACUACAAAGGGCCUCAUCGCACAUCUCAACUCUGAGGCUCACUCUGCGACCAAGUACCGUUGCCCCUAUUGUCUCAACACAUUCGGGUCUCUUGCUGCGAUCACCCAGCAUGUCGAGUCCAACAGCAGCAAGUGCAAGAUCCGAAAUACGGAGCAGUACAACGCCUACAUGGACCAGCUUCUCGCUAGCAUGGUUGAUGUAAAGGAGAAACACGCGGAUGGCACUGUUCGCUAUGAGAUGUCAAAGACGUUUGGCAAAGGCCCUAGCCCUGGCUCGGACCUCGUUGAGCAACAGGAGAACCCCAAGGUCAAUGGAGGAGACCCUUACGAGGGAAUGGAGAUUCAUUGGUAGAUUUGCGGAAUGACUUUUGCGGAGAAUGCAUUUGAGAUUGGCAAGUUUUGAGGAAGCAUGAACUUGAGACGACUGGGCUAUGUUUCUUAGCAUUAGAUAGCUGAAUGAUUGACGAUGCCCAAGUAUUUGUUCAUUGCCGUGAAGUCUUUAAUUCGAGUGAUCUAAUGUGAGUAAAUACAGUUAUAUACGAGCAUUUCUUCCUCUGUAAGAUUAUGUAGCAAUGCCAGAGCAGAUGCAUGUCGGGU